AUGGAAUCACUAAAUAUAGGCUCAGUCGAUAAUGGUUUAUUAUAUAGAUUAAAUAGAUAUGAUUCAAAUGAUAUAGAAAAGCAUUGUAAACCAAUUGACAAUUUAGGUUCAUUACAAGUCCAAGGAAGAUUUUUAAAAGAAAAAAAUAUUUACUGUUAUAAUAUUACAAUUUAUGUUUUGUUUGAAAAAGGACACGAAAAACAUUUAAUUGGCGACAAAGAUAAUUUGUGUAAAGAAUUAAUGAUAUUCUAUUUGGGUCAUGCAAUAUUACCCUUCAAUCAUUUUUAUCAUCAGUUUUAUUUUAUUUUAUACAUAAUAAUAUUUAUUGUUUCAAUAAACGGACAUGAUGUACCCAAUCAUAAACAUGAUCAUGUUCAUCACCCAUUUUUCGAAUUUGAUCACGAGCACUGUCAUGAUCAUAUUAAUCAUUUAACAAAUAAAGAAAACAUUAAGAUAGCAAUUAUAGGAUCAGGUAUCGGAGGAUCAUCAUGCUCGUAUUAUAUUAAUCAGGAAUUAAAAAAUCAUAACAAAGAUAUAGAUUACACAAUAACAAAUUAUGAACGUGAAAAAGUAGGUGGAAGAACUAGAAAUUUAGAUAUCCAUGGAGAUUAUACAGAAUUGGGUGGAAGUGUGGUGCAUCCAUUAAAUGAAAAUGUUAUCAAAUUAGUCAAUGAUUUAGGGCUAAAAUUUAGAAGAGCCAAUGAAACUGAUGGUACUCUUAUAAUUUGGAAUGGAAGUGACUAUACUUUUUCAGAACACCCAAUAAAAAUAUUUAAUCAAUUAAAAAUGCUAUACAACUAUUACUGGUCACCUAUUAAGUUUAGAAAUGGCAGAGAUGAAGUCGUAGAUAAAUUUUUAAAGGGUUAUAACAUCAGUGAACCUUUCAAAACUGUAGAAGAAUUUUAUAACAGAUUGGGAUUAUUGAAUGUAACCAAAUUAACAGCAAAACAAUAUUUUGUUGAUAAAUUAGGAAUCUCUAAAGAUUUUGUAGAAAAUAUACUCUCAGCAGGUAUGAGGGUAAACUAUAAUCAAGAUUAUGAUUCAUUAUCUGCAUUUGCUGCAUUCAUUGGUUUGGUUGGAACAGAAAAUGGUUUACUAGCAGUGGACGGUGGUAACUAUAAACUAUCAGAAGCAUUAUUAAAGUCAUCAUCAUCAAAUAUUAUAGAUGAAGAGGUUUUAGAAAUAGAAAAGGUAGUCGAAGAUGAAAAAGACAAAAAAUACUUUUAUAUUGUAAAGUCUAAAGAUUCAAAUGGAAAUAUAAAUACUAAAGAAUAUGAUAUUGUCGUUAUUUCAACACCCUUUGAAUUUACAAAUAUUAAACUUAAAGGUUUCUCAAAAGAUAUAGAAAGUGUUCCAAAGAAAAAAUAUAAAAAAGUUCAUGUUCACAUGUUAGCUGCUGAUUCUAUUAACUCUACUUUCUUCAAUCAUCCAAAUGACACAACUAUUAACUGUGUUUUAACAGCAUAUAACAAAACACUACCAUUCUUUAGUUUAUGUCAAAACACAAGGGGUAAAUUAAAUGAUGGAAGAACUGUGUUUAAAAUUUUUGCACCAUCCAAAUUAGAAGAUGACUAUCUCAAUAAAGUUUUGGUUAAGCCUGAAUUGUUGCAUUACCAUGUUUGGAGAGCAUACCCAGUUCUUAACCCAGUAGAGCAAUUCCCAUCAAUUAUUAUGGACAAUGGUUUGUUUUACAAUAGUGCAUUUGAACAUUCAAUUUCCACUAUAGAGACCACGACCAUUGCAAGUAAAAACACUGCUAGAUUAAUUUCAAAUUUAUUAUCAUCCAAAAAGUAAUUUCUUUAAAUUAAUUUACAUGUAAAUUAUAAAAUAAAUAAAUAGGUUUCUAAAAAACAUAUUAUAGUUUU